AAAGAAAAAGAAAAAGAAGAAGAAGAAGAAGAAGAAGAAGAAGAAGAAAAAGAAGAAGAAGAAGAAGAAGAAGAAGAAGAAGAAGAAGAAGAAGAAGAAGAAGAAGAAGAAGAAGAAGAAGAAGAAGAAGAAGAAGAAGAAGAAGAAGAAGAAGAAGAGGACUUGACGUAAAUAAGUCUUCGUGACGUCAUGACGCAGCAGCUGUACGUCAACGUGUUCGGUAAGUCGUCUGUAGUUCCAGUGAGUGAUCCCCGGGAGAAGAACCGACAGCUCCGGUGAUGGCGGAGCUCCGUUAAAAGCUCUGUGUUCACCGGAGGAACCGGAGGAGGCUCAGGUGACGUCACCCGGAGGACCGGAGGGCUUCCGGACCCAGUCGCAGUGACUCCCCGUCAGGAGGCUGUGACCCUCGGCCUGUGUCGGCUCGGCUGCCGGUGUCCGCCGGAGUGAACCCAGAAGGACGCACCUGGUUCUACAUGACGUCAGGUGGUUUGUGUCCUGACUUUGCUGAGUCUCGGGCGUCUGGUUUUGUGUCUUGUCGGGGGGGAGGGGCCCUCACUGUGAAUGUUUGUGAGAUGUGAAGCUGCAGGAUCAGAGGAGCUGUCCAGGAACCACCCCCCACUACUGCCAACCAAUCAGCACGCAGCCUGGAGGACCAUGAUGCAUCUGAAGUCACAUCCGAAGCUCAUGCGCUCCUCCUUGCAUGUGGACGCGGCCGGUGGUCAGACAUCCCAGAGGAGCAGUCUGUUUGUGGGCCAGCAGGGGGAGCUGCUGAAGAUCAGUAGCAGCCGGCUUCCGUUCGGUGUCAUCUCGACCAACACACUUUGUUGUAUCAACACAACCAGCGGCAGCAGUGUGGCUUCGCUGCGGCCGAAGCCGUCAUGCAGCGCCGCCCUGCAGCUCCUCUCCCCCCCGCCUCCAGGCUGCGAGAACGACACACGCAGACUCUACCAGACCGCCAGCGAGGACACGGAGACGCUGGACAUCUGGACCGUCAUCAAGCCUGGACAUGUCCGAGAGAAGAUCGCCGUGUUUGCAUCAGAGGGAGGAGGCACAGAGGCGGGGGGCGGUGAAAGCUCCUCCUGCAGCAGCUCGGGCUUCUGGGACGGGAAGCUGCCGGCGUCGUGUCCGGCACGCAGCAUCAAGGCGAAGGGCAGCCGGGAGGAGAAGAGCGGCGCCAAGCGACGCCGCAGGUCCGGAAGCAGUCACCGCCAGAGGACCCGAGUCCUGGAUCCUCAGCAACCACCUCCUGAACCUCAGCGCUGCAGUUCAACUCAGAGGUCAGAGGUCGGGCAGCAUGACGGUGAGGAGGUGACGGAGGAGGAGCAGCAGAAGGUGUCAGUAGUGGAGAUGGUGGCGUUCCUGGAGCAGAGGACGAGCGAGCAGCAGAUAGACAGUAAACCUGCUCUCUCUGUCCAGAGGAGCUCCACCUCCAUCACGCUCCUCAGACCCAGGGAGGGCUCCGAGGUCCGAGGGGAGGAGCUGGAGAGCAUCAGCGUGACGGACAUGGUGGCCAAGCUGGAGUCGGAGGGGCUGAGGAGGAGGAGGAGGGAGGGAGAGCUGUCGAGGAGCAACAGCCUGAGAAGGACGGUGGGACGAGUCCUGCUCGCCGCUGGGGACCAGAGCUCCGCCCCCUCGCGUCCAGCAUCCGUGACACUGUCAAUGACAUCAUCAGCCUCUGCAUCAUCACUGCCGGGAGCUCAGAGUCCAAUCAGCUGCUCAAUGACCCCGUUCAGAGACACCUGCCUGAGCUGUGACCACGCCCCCUCGCCCUUCUCGGGUGAGGCUGGGGGGGUUGGGGGGGGCAGUGUCACAGAGACCGAGCCUCCGCCCGGCUUGUUGUUUUUGAAUCUGCUUCCUGUUGUUGAGUCACAUCCCCCCCCUCCCCCCACAGAGCCCCGCCCCCCUGCCGUAGGUUACUCUCCUAACCCUGACAGCCAAUCGGAUACCAGGGGGAGGAGAAAGGCCGACGGGUGUCAGGAAGAGGAGGUCGCAGGUUUGAGUCUCUGCUCUGAGGCCGUGCCGCCGAGCCGCCGGGCCUCGGCGUCACAUGACUUCCUGGAGAUGCGUCAGCGGCUGCAGCAGCUGCUGGAGCCGCAGCCCUACCUGGUGGUGCUGCCUCACCACCUGCUGCUGAGGCUCCUCCGCCUGCUGCCCACCCAGAGCCUCGCCGCGCUCAAGUGCUGCUGCCGCUACUUCCGCUUCCUCAUCGACCACUACGGCGUCCGGCCGGCCGACUCGCUGUGGGUGUCCGACCCCCGCUACAGCGACGACCCCUGCAAGCAGUGCAAGAGGAGGACGGGCCGGGGGGACGUGUCCCUGUGCCGCUGGCACCACAAACCGUUCUGCCAGGCGCUGCCGUACGGGCCCGGCUACUGGAUGUGUUGCCAUGGCGCCCACAGGGAUGCGCCUGGCUGCAACGUGGGUCUCCAUGACAACCGCUGGGUGCCAGCGUUCCACAGCAUCAACGUUCCGAUCUACAGGAGAAGCCUCAUGGACCACUGAGCGGCUCCCAUGAUGCACCAGCAGAUCAGAGGUUCAUUGGAUCAGUUGAAGCUCGAUCAUGUGACCAGCUGGUUGAGGACGAGGAGGAGAAUCACCUGACCUCUGAAGGUUCGGUUUCUCGUCAUGUGACUGAAUCCUGAGUCCGUUCAGGGAAACGUUCCUGCUUCAGAAACUCAAGCUUCUUCCUGUGGUCUGACAGAAGAACAGUGUGGCGCCCCCUACUGCCCAAACCCCACCUCAACCCAAACACUGUGCUCACAUCACUUUGACGUUUUCCUGAUUCCUCUCUGUUUUCUGAAAAAACAAUUAUCAGUGGUUCACAGAUGAAGAGGAGUCCCGGCCAGGACUCUUCCUCACUGCCGUCAGUUAUCUGUAAUCUACUGAUCCAUCGAUUGGUGGAAGUGUCAGAGGAACACGUGACAGCAGGAGGUCGAUCAGUUCUUCAUCAAAACGGUUCCUGUCCAUCAACUGAUCAGUUGACUGAUGGAUGAAGCUCCACAUCUCACAUGGUCUUCAUCAGCAGGAGCUCCUUUAAACCUAGUUCUGAGUUUGUCAUCAUGUCUGAUGAAGACCGUGAGACGCUGGAGAGAAUCACUGAAUAGAAAUAGUUGAUGACAUAAUUGUGAUGAUUUGUGUGGAUGCAGGUCAGCUCCUGCUUUAAUCAACCGAUGGAUCAUCUGCUGCUUUACAUUUGUGUUGUUUCUUCUUCAAUCGGUGACUUUUCAAACCCGCCUGGAGGUUAGGUGAGUGGGGGCGGAGCUUCAGGGGGGCGGAGUGGAGGAACUUAAUAUGCACCUUGUUUGUGUUUACAUGAGUCUAAAGGAUGUUAUUGAUGUUCAGUCAGCAGCUGAUCCUCUCAGGACGGAGGGGAGAGUUCUGAAACGUGGCCUUGAGUGAGGAGACGAUGCAAUAUGAAACUGGACUGUAGAGAUUAUAAAAGAAUAUCGGGAGAAAAUAUAACGGAUGUUUUUGUUUUUUUAAGUUUUAUUGUUUUCACUUUUCAGGCUGUCCUGCUUUGUUCUGUUGAGAUCUUUAAUAAAGUGUUUUCUCAUGGGUUUGUUUGGGUUUUAAAAUAAAGACUUGUUUUUUCCAUUUUA